GCACAACACGUCGACGUACUUCUCAGUGAAGCUGGGCGUAGCAGAACCGAGGAAUGACGAACGACGAUCGUAUGUCAUCCGAGAGCUCAUAGAAACCGAAGAAAACUACGUAAAGAAUAUGAACGUACUCAGCGAUGUGUUUGCACGGCCCUUACGUGCCUAUGCCAAAGACAAACGAAACUUUGUACUAGGCUUGUAUGAAUGCAACAGCAUGUUCAUGAACAUUGAAAUGCUCGUCGAAGCUAACCAAGGAUUUCUGGAUAACCUGUAUCGUUGGAGACAACCUGGGUCCAAUCUUUUAUUUGGUGAUAUAUGCGCCACUCAUAUGUUUCGAUGUGAAUGCUAUAGCAAGUUCCUGUCUGGCGUCGAAGAUGCUCAAAUUAUUAAUUUAAGAGAACAAAAAAUCAAUCCUGCUUAUCGAGCUUUCUUGGAUCGAGCAAAAGAUCAUCCAGAAGCUAAGCGCCAAACCCUACAUGAUCUUUUGGUACAACCAGGUCAGCGAAUCGGCCGCUAUACUAUGAUGCUGAAAGAAUUGCUCAAGUAUACUUCAAAUGAUCAUCCUGACUACCCUGGUCUUUCAGCCGCUUUGAAGCGCGCCGAAGAGAUUGCCACCAUGGCAGACGACACAAAUACCAGAUUGGCCAAAACAUUUUUCAACAUGCACAAGUCGAUUGAAAAUUGUCCAGCACCGUUAAUUAAUCAAAAUCGACACCUCAUUCGACAUAUUGACGCAACCGAACUUGACAUCAUCUCAAGAAAACCGCUGAGACCAGUUACCAUUUUCCUUUUCACCGAUAAGGUUAUGGUUGUCCGUCGUCCUGCCUACAACGUCAACGGAUUUGAACUAUGCGGACUUGUGAAUGGCCCUGAAGUCAUCAUGCGCACCAGAAGCAGUUCAACCAGUGGAUUGGAGUCCUUCCUUCCGAAACGAAAUGAUAAGUCCAAACGAAAUAGUGUUCAGGAAAAACGUCUGAAAUUCAAAGGAUGGGUUGGCCUUGAAGCUGUGGAACUCCUGGACGGAUCCGGUGACUUGCUGCCGUCAUUUAUGCUGCAAACCAAUGCCACAUCAAUGUCCGCUGCUGCGAAGCAGCCCGCAUCACCGACCGUGGCCGCUAACAUGGCUCUAGAAAAUUAUUUUCUCGAGCAGCCAUUGAGACUUUUCUCUACCAGCCCUCCUCAGGAAGAAGUACCCAUUACCCGAUCGCAAAUAUCCGUACAUAACCAAAAGAAGGAAGAGUUUUGUAAACAAUUUCACAAGUCCAAGGCCAUUUUGAACCAAAAUGAUUCAGCGACACGAUUCCCGGCCACGAAAGGCCAAAAGCAUCACCACUCUCACCAAAAUAUUUAACCCCACUGUACACACCGGUAUCAACCCUCAAUACGUAGCCUACCUCAAUGCACAAUCCAUGGCAAGAACACGCCCUAUCUCCACUAGUGGCCC